GGUUGGGUCAUUGUCCCGUCUCAUACAGACUGAUACCGUUAUAACGGCGGCUGUACUGGCAGUAUUUCGCUGGCAUCGUCGACCUGGGCAACGACUAGGACAUCUUCCUUGCGACCAUCAUGCAGACUCACUCUCGCCCAAUGGGGCCACGCAGCUUUCGUUCUGCCUCUCCAGCGCCUCCCGUAAAUCUUCCGGAAACAGCACCUCUCAAUAUUCGGAAGCCUAGAAUGCCGGAUGCCCUUUCACCUCCUCGUCUUGUUAUUCCCAAGGCAUCUUCUCCAAAACCCGUUAUCCGUGUGUCCAUCCCUGCCCCCAAUGGCUCGGACAAUAGUACCUCUGGCGAUUCGCCUAUUUACGAUUACUACGGCGGUCCCCGUCUUAAUACCAGUACAAAGGCGCCUUAUGGCCCCGAUGACAUGACCAUCCGCCCCGCUUCUUCCGACACCACUAGGCCCGCUCUUACACAGAAACCCUCCGAGCCCAUUGACGAAGUUCGCACCUUACUGACUGAUCUUAAGAUCAGAACAACCUCUUCCUCAGCAUCUGAUCUCCAGCCUGAGGAUGAUGCUAUUCCUGCACAAAAAUUGCCAUCUCUGCCUUGGUCCGAUGACGUUCUUGAGCAGGUCGCUUCACUUGGCGAGGGCGCUGGGGGUGCCGUUCAUAAAGUCAAAGACAAAAGGACUGGCAAGAUUAUGGCUCGUAAGACCAUAACCACCAGAGGGGCGCCCAUGAAGCAAUUACUACGCGAGCUAUCCAUCAUAUCAUCCACAGAACAUAUCAACAUCAUUCUUUUCCACGGGGCAUAUAUUUCUCCGUCGUCCAGCGAGGUCAAGAUACUCAUGGAACUCGGUGAGGGCGGCAGUCUCGAAGCUGUCGGUAAGCGGAUCAAAGAAAGAGGCGCUGUCGUAGGGGAGAAAACAGCUGGACGUAUCGCCGAAGGGGUUUUGCAAGGACUUGCCUAUUUGCACAGGAAGAAGACGAUUCACAGAGACAUCAAGCCGUCGAACAUUCUUCUCUCCCGAGAAGGAAUAGUCAAACUUUGCGAUUUUGGUGUCUCCGGCGAGUUGAUAGAUUCAAUUGCAGGUACGUUUACUGGUACGAGUAUGUACAUGGCGCCCGAACGAAUCUGUGGCCAUGAAUACACCAUACGAUCUGAUGUUUGGUCGACGGGAAUAUCGUUAUUGGAGCUGGUUCAAAACCGAUUCCCUUUCCCUAACGAUCUACCACCGAUCGAACUGAUGAUGUAUAUCACCACAGGCGAACCCCCUCGUUUGGAAGACGGGGGUGGUCUACAGUGGAGUGAUGACAUGAAGGAUUUCAUCAAGGAAACGUUGACGGUUGACGCGAUGGCAAGACCAAAACCUCAAGAUAUGCUGGAACAUCGUUGGAUCGUCGGUGUCAUGAAGCAAGAAGUGAACAUGGCGCGAUGGAUCCGACAAGUUUGGGGAUGGCCAAAGUCAAGCCGGCGGUCACGAGAUCAGACGAAUUCGCGGCCGUCUUCUAGUCAACGAACGGAUUCUUCCGGAGGGUCACCUGGAGGGUUAGAUUCUUCUCCCAACAUAUCGUCGACGUAAUGUCGGACUUGUAUUCCAUUUGGAUAUCUGCUUUCGAACAUUUGGUUUUUCUCGUAGUCAGACGUCGAUCAUAUAGCAUCCUGCAUCUCGUCAUCUAUAAUCUUUUUUUCUUUCUUCUGAGGUCGCGUUGUAUGACCACAAGGGUUCUAUGUAACUGUAUAUUUACACGUCAACUCGUCGUUCUGCUUGCCAUUUUACUUGAUGAUGCACUGCCUACCCGUAGAUACAAAGUCCCUAGCCACGCAAUUGUUCCAAUAUCUCUGUUGCAAAAGAAUUUAGUUUUAAAUUUUCUUAUUUGCACAGCCAAGUAG